AUGCCUGCCAUGACCGCUAUCCAGCGUGCAUUCCUCGCCAUGCCUAAAUUCGCCGUAUUAGGAGCCUCGAACGACCAGACAAAAUACGGGAACAAGGUCCUGCGCUGGUACAAGACGCGUAAUCUCGAGGUCACCCCUAUCAACCCCAAAGUGGUCUCGAUCGAGGGACUCGAGACGGUCAGCAGUCUAGAAGCCCUGCCAGAACCAAAGUCAACGUCAGUGAGCAUUGUAACCCCGAGCAAGGUCACGCUAGACGCCCUCCGUUCCGCUAAGUCGCUCGGCAUUCCGUACAUUUGGAUCCAACCAGGCGCAGCAGACGACGCUGUAGCAGAUUAUAUCGCAAACGACGAUUAUCUUCAACCACGAGUCGUCUAUGGCGGGCCCUGUAUCCUCGUGCUGGGUGAUGGACUUUUGGGAGCUCGACUGUGA